UAUCAUUGUGACGAAGAUAGGGGCAUAGAAUAACAGCUCAACGGCAAAUCUUCGCACUGCGGAUUCAACCGAAAAGCAGUAGAGAGGGCGUUUGUUGACCAGAUGAGCAAAGAUUCGCUUCUUGGACGUGCUGUUUGAUAGUGAACUGAAAAUCGCAAGCCAAUUCGUGUGGUGAAUGAGUUAAAACGAUUGUUGUGCGAUAAAUCACAUAAACAUUUGCUGAUAUAAAACGAUACAAGCGUCGGUUGCUGAAGACCCAAAACGAUAUUGGAAAUUGGAGUAAAGCUCUGUCAGCGUGUGUAGGUUGAAGAGUGCCUUUAAAAAACGUACACAUUUAAUGCGCAUCAGUAGAGUGUUGUUCGUUUUUACCCUCUCGUGAGAUAGUGUGCCAGCUGUUUACAUUGCCGUUGCGUUUCCGAGAACGUCCCGUUUCCGAUUGUACGCAUUAAUCACACCACACUUCCGUGUGUGUGUUUUUUUUGGGAGCGCAGUUUGUUUUUUCCCCCCAUCCCGGAGUGCGAGUGCGAGGUGACGCGGUGGAAAAUUUGGAUCCGGAGCGCCGAGCUGUGUGUAUUGGAUUCCCGCUGGCUGACGAAAAAGCCCUGCGCCAUUACGUUGUAAACAAAGCCAUCGGUCGUUCGGUGUGUGCGUGUGUGUGUGUGCAGUGCGGUUACACGAAAGGUGCGUCUCUUGGAGGGUGCAGUGCGCGUGUGUGAGUGAGAGUCUUUUGUCUUUCCAGCGCGGUGCAGGGUAGUACGCGAGUGUGUGUGCGUGCAGUCGAAAGUGGUCCGAGCCCGAGUUUGUUGUUUUGCAGCGCGGCCUACGUGACGUAGCGCGCGAACGUUUUCGGGGUGGUGAAAACGCCAACGGUUUGAAGCGUACGCGUCCGUUUGCUGGCGUUCUUUGUUUACAAAACAGCACCCAACCAGCGCACUCACGAUUGGAGCGGAGUUGGAGCAGCGAGCAACAUCCAAACACAGCGUUAUUGUGUGUGUGUGAGUAGUGUAGUGGAAAAAGGGAAUCACGCCACAGAGAGGAAAAAGGGGGGAACUUGAUCUCGCUUUCCCGCGGAGAGAGGCAUGUUCCGUACGAUAAAUCUGUCCACCGAUAAAAACAGCCUGCUGAGCAGCAGCACCAAGGCGACAAUGGCCACGUCCACCAGCAGCCAGCUGACGAAGAUGGGUCCGGAAGAGCUGGGAGAGUCCUGGAUCGAGCUGUCAUCGAACACAAACACGGGCGGAGCAGGAGCGACGAGCGGAUUAGUAGGCGCAGGAACCACCGCUGCUGUUGUUGGUGGAGGAAGUAGCAACAAUUUCGUCCCCACCGGCACCACGAUGCUGGCCGGUGCUGUUGGCACGAAGAGUCCGGACCGGACGACACCGCUGGCGUUUGCGUCGGUCGAAGAAUACAUAAGACUGCUGCGGGAGGCUCAGCGCGACGAGUCGAAGGAAUCGAGCCGAGUCGCGUCGCUGACGAGUACGCGCAAAAACUCGCCCCGCGGAAGUCCCAAAUCACCGCCCAACAGUCCAAACACGGAGCUGGCCGCCACCGAGGAAGAUCUCCGGAAUGUCUACAUCAACUACGUCAACAAGGACGGUGACAUUGUGAAAGACACAGACUGGGUGUGGGAUUGGAGCAGCCGGCCGGAUCAGCAACCUCCAAAAGACUGGAAAUUUGAACAUCCCAAUCAGACGCAGGAAGAGCGCAACAAACCCAUCCACGCCGGCUACUCCAUACGGCAGGUCCGUGUUGGGAAGAAUUCCUUGUUCUCGCGAGAGUUUCUAUACUCGAUCGUGCUGACGAACGUCCUAUCGCUGCUGCUGGGAGCAGGCAUUGGCGCCUGGCUACAGAAACGAGGUUUGUUGCUAACUCGCGUCUCGAUCGAGUAAUGUUGCACCCGAAUGCAACUCGAACCGUCGAACCCCAAUUUGGAGUCGUCGCUUGUUUGGGGAAACGCACUGUGUAGUUGAUCCGUAUUACGAGCGUAUGCGUGUGUGUGUGUUUCUGUGCGGACGAUAAUAGCAACUUUACCCUGAAAUUGGCUUCAAUGCAGGAGACAUUCUAACAACCCACACCAGCAGCGCAGUUCCCCAAUAACACUGCUGUACUGAGUGUGAAAGUGUAGUGCAGUAGAACGCAUUUAUUUUGUAAUCACAUUCGAGGAAAUCCGAUUGGUAUAUCAUCCAGGCUCAGUGUUCCAAUUUGAAGCUGCGAAAGAGAGGGGGCGUGCUUUACGCGGCAGACGACACUGAUGGAGGAGGAUGGUAGGCCAAAAUCAUGGUUAUAUGAGUGGAGCAUUAGAGGAUGAAAGAGAGGAAGGAGUAGCGAAGAUCAAUCGUAGAAGCCCGCACUUUCGCGUGGAAGAAUCUUAUGGUAGAGGAAAAUGUGUGAUUAAACCAAAACGAACGCAAGAAUUUGAACACGUUUUAGCUAGGAUGGAGUGAAAUUCGGACGGACCACGGGGGCACCAGGUGUCGGCAGACAUGCAGUUUGACGAGUCGAUGGCGAUGGAGGAAAAGUUGAGUGUAUUUCUUUCGAUAGGCUUCAAUUCUAGAGAGAGAGAGAAGCGGUGAUAAACCGCGUGCAUUAGGUGAAUAUAGAGAAGAGGAUAGAGAGGAUGUUUAGCUUUAUGAAGAAAAGAAAACAGAAAAUGAAAGAGAUUAUACUGGCCACGGGAGUCUGGAGCGGUGUGUGUGCGCAUUGAGGAAAGGGAACAAGAAGUAAGAUUUCGAACGAUUUCCGUCGAGGGCCCUGUGCCAAGUGGGUGCCGUUUGGAGCGACACAGUAGAUUUGAUUUGAUAUAACGAUCAAGGAGAGAGAGAGAGAGAGAGAGAGAGAGUGUGUACGGAAGCAAUGUAAUCCAUUCGAGUAAAAUUCCAUUUUUUCAUACAUUAUGUAGCGGACAGUUUUUAGCCGUGUUGUGCUUGUGUGUGUGUGUGUGUGCAGGUGGUUUUGAUUCCCACAUACCACAGCAACGCACAGCAACGACACGAGCCGCUUACAAAAGCGACAGGCCAAGAGAGAGAGAGGGAGAGCAGAAGUAGAAUUAAGAACACGUAUACAUAUACCGACCGGAAACGGAACGCGCGCGCGGAUAUUGUCGCGACAGGAUAUUGCUUUCGAAUGUUGAGCUUGAUUUUCUUUUAUAAAUUAGCUACCGCUUGUUAUACUUUAUAACCAUUUUUUCAAUAGUUUCUGUACGUUUUUUUUCUUUCUUAAAAUGUCGCACGUUUUUAUCGUAAUUUUAAUAACCCGAACGGUAGCGCCACCUAGCGGGCUCCGUUGUCGAUUUGCGCGUGCGGCAUCUAGCGGAAGUCGAUGGAAGCAGUCGAGCAGUGGCACUGUCGACACGAACCAUCUGCUCGAGCAGUUUCGUUUGAAACCGUCGCUACGCAAGGGGCCGUUGCGCCGGACCGUUGGGGACGAGCUUGAUUCGUGCGUUUAAAAAUCGUUUAUUAUUUUUUAUGUUUUACUUAACAUACUUAGACAGUAUCAGGAUGGUUAAUAUUUAUAUUGCUUGCUUAAAACUCUAUUGUUUUGAUUGUGUCGCUUUGUUUGCUACGUAUCCUGCGUAUCUUCGUCUAUCAAAUCUGCGUCAAAGAUCUUGACUAACACCACACAAACACACACACCUAUACUGGUUCAUCUCCCGAUGCCAGCGUGAAAACAUUUGAUGGCCAUAAUUUCGCUAGGAAGCGUAGAAGGAGGCCCCCAUACACACUAAUUGGUAUUUGUAAUUCAAACGACCAUUACUUUGUAUUAUUCCUUAAGCAUUAUACACAUGAAAUAAUGAAAUAAAUAUGAGAAAAAAACGAACAACUGGA